AUGCCUACGCCACUUCCUUCUAGUUUUGCUUCGGCCGCUGCUGGCAACACUGAUGCCUCUCGAAGAGGCGAUGGAACUGCCAGUGGAGAAUGGGCUCGAAACCGCAUGAACGGAGCAACACAAACCUUCCGCCGCCCGUCAGUUGCGACUAACCCUUCCCACAGCCGGGAUACCAGCCAGCCCGCAUCCGCUACGACUCCUACGGCCGGUACCUACACUCCCCCACAUAUGCUUUCGAAUUACCAGUCUAGCGCACUCCGCAACGGGGCAACCAAUGACACUCGGUAUUCCAAAGAACAGCUGUUAGAACUUUAUAAGGCUCAACGGGAGACGGGUAUUUUGGGUAAGAACCUCGCAGAAUAUCUCGCCGCCGACUGGAAUCCACAGGUAGAGACACCCGCCGCCAACGGCGCCUGGGGCAGGCGGGAGGAUUCGAAAGACAAUCCCUCUGGGCCUGGGGUGUGUUGGGAUCACGGAGGACAGAUGGAACCUUUGAGCCUAGUGGACAUGACUGAUGAUGAGAAAGAGUUAUUUUCCCUCUCAGUGAACUCCCCACUGAAGCCGCCACCCACCAAUGUACCCAAGGAGAACACGGGCGCUACUCCGGGAGGACGCAAGGGAUCGAUUUCUCAGGGUCAUAUGAACAACUACAACACCUCGUCCCCGAGUGCAAAUCGCCCUGGGCCUAGGCGUCGGGAGACCGGCGAUUCGAUCGGCAACCCUAUGUCUCCUACCACGGGCGGUUCUCGAUUCUUCCGUGAAGAGCCGAACACUGCUACCCCACCCCCGUCUCUCCUACGUCGCAAAACAGAUUUUCGGGAUACGUCGUCCACCGCUCGGUGGGAGGAGAAAGAGAAGGAAUCUGCUCGGGACGUGACCUCGGAGGCCUCCUCUCCGUUUAAUUCCCUGAAACGCAGCUCGACUAAUCCUCUGAGUGCAGCGCCGGGGGCAACAAGUUCGCCGUGGGGCUCGGCUUCGCAAAAUGCCAGCUUCUCGCCAAUGGGGGCCUUCGGAGCGUUCUCUCUCGGCACAAACCCCACGGAGAAAAAACCAGGCUUUGGUAGUCUUCGCGGGGAGAGUCGCCUGAAGGGCCUCUUUUCGAAGGAUAGCUCGGAGGAUAUAUCGGCUGCGGUGAAGGACAAGCCGUCCAUGAGCAAUCUGGAACGCUUGGCAGGUGAGGGUGAGCAGCGCUCGCAGUCGCCUUGGGGGGAAACUCUCAAAACCCGCACCGGACGGAGUGAGACGAACCCCUUUCAGGAGGAACCGCGGAGCGGGAGUGCUGCACUCGGGGGAUCUCAGGAACUUCCAUCUCAGGGUGCCGACCCGACCGGAUUCGCCGCGUUUGGAAUGACCUCCAGUAUCCCCGGCUUUCGAGAGCUGAUCCAGAGCCACGAGAACUCGCGUAAUCCCACCCCAAGUUUACUCCAGGGUCAUGAGCCCACCAGCCCAACCAAUACGAACCCGUAUCAAAGCCCCCAUGGUGACAGAGGUGACGUCGAUGAUGUCGAGACUGACGGCUCUGAUAUCCAAACCUCGCACCAUCCUGGCCUCACUGGACUGCGUGACACGACUGCGUUUGGCUCGAUCAGACGAGUCGGGUCGGGCAUGGACUUGCCUUCGAUCGAUCGGAGCGCGACUUCUAGCGUUGCCGGAAACCGCAGCUUCUCCAGCUUGGGUGGUUUGGGUGGCCUUCCCUCCAUUGGAGGGGCGGCCGGAUGGCCUGCAAGCGUCCCCUAUCUGUCGACCCUGGGAGGAGGCGGUCUCUUCAGCCCUGGCAUCAGUGGCACCGGCAGCAUCGGGCGUUCUAGCAAGCUAGGGUCUCUCUUCCCUGCUGCGAUGCAGGAGCAGAUGCAAGGCGAUCAAGCACGGGCUGAUCUUGGCAGCCUGGACGAUGGUUCCCGGCAACCAGAUCCCCAGCAGGCAGACAAGUCUGGUCAAACCAACCCACCUACCACCACGUCUGAUUCCCAGACUCCUGUCUCUGCCGUUGGCUCCAUCCCCACCUCCAUGGCUCCUGACGUACCUCAGCCUAGUCAGACUCCCGGACAACCUGGAAGCAAUGCCGGCUCCGUUCCUCCUGCCCAACAGCGUACUAUGGUGAUGCCCGAUCGUAUGCGCUGGAUUUACCGCGACCCACAGGGGAACAUUCAGGGUCCUUGGACGGGCCUUGAAAUGCACGAUUGGUUCAAGGCAGGCUUUUUCAGCCCGGACCUGCAGAUCAAGAAGCUCGAGGACCCAGAAUUUGAACCGCUGGCUCAGUUGGUGCGGCGCAUCGGCAAUUCGCGCGAGCCCUUCUUGGUUCCCCAGAUCGGUAUCCCUCAUGGACCCGAUCCUAACCCUGGUCACUGGACAGGAAACACGGCGGGUGCUGCUCAGCCUCCCUUUCCUGGCAGCUUCCCCAGCUUUGGUACUACUUUGACCGCCGAACAGCAGAAUGCCCUGGAGCGUAGAAAGCAAGAGGAGCAGUACCUGAUGGCCAGACAGAAGGAACAUCUCGCACAGCAACAGGCCAUGAUGAAGCAAAUGCAAUUCCAGGGGCUCCCCCCCACUAUGCACCCCCAUCAGCUCCAGCAUCAUUCGAGCGCCCACAGCCUUCACAGCCAGCCAAGUUUCGGUAGCAUUGCUUCGCCUGUUGGUUUCCAACCAUCGCCUAUUCAGGGUCCCGUCCAGCAGCAGCAGCAGCAGCAGCAGUCGCAGCCGCAGCCGCAGCCUCUUGGUGGCUUCUUCGACGCCGCCGGUCCGAUACGGCAGAGCGUCCUGCCCAACGAUCAGCUCCCGGCCCUUCUUGAGCGUUUGAACGUCAACCGACCGGAUCCGUUCGCCUUUGGCAGCGCAGCGCCCUUUGCCACUCGACAGCCGGACAACUUGUUCCAUCAACAGCAGGUUGCCACCAUGCUCCAAGAUCGGGCUCAGCUGCAACAGGAGCAAGAACAAUUUGACAGCGCUCAGGGCGACAGCUUGUUCGACCAACAGGCUCGUGAGGAACGGCUCCGCCAGUUCCAUGCUUUGAGGGCACAGGAAGAUGAAUUCGGCAUGCGCACUGCUGAGGGGCUUCCAACCCAUCCAACUACUGGUCCUUCUCCCCCGCCCGAAGCCGAGUCUGUCCAGGAUGUUAACCUCGACUCCCCCACGUUGGAAGUAGAGCAACCUAUUGUAGAAGACGAAGAACCGGUUCUCACUCUUUCCCAGCAGGUUCAGAAGGCCGCAUCCGCUCAGAGACAGCAGCAGGAGCAGCAGGAGCACGAACAGCAGCAGGUCCAGGCUGCGAAUGACGCUGCAUGGGCCGUCAAGGGUGAUCCAGCCAUGCCCCAGCCGUUCCCUCCCCCACCUUCCGCAUCGCCGCUCCCAGCCCCCGCUGCACAGCGCAGCCGCCAGAACGUUGCGGAAUCGCUCGCCGCAAACUCGAGAUCUCAGACUCAGACUCCGGUGGAAGCCCCUGCCACGUCCAUUGCCCCAUGGGCCAAGGAGGCGCAUGAGAUGCCCAAGGGACCGUCGCUGAAGGAGAUUCAAGAGGCCGAGGCUCGUAGCGCUGCUCAGAGAGAAGAACUGGCUGCCGCUGCUCGUCGGGCUCAACUUCUCGCCGAACAAGAGCGUCUUAGCCAGGCUCAAGUCCAGACUCCUGGUCUCCCAUCGACUGCCAACUGGGCGAGUGGCGGAUCUCCGUCUACUCCUGUGUCCGCCGGGUCGGUGUGGGGUACCAACAAGGCCCCGGCCACUGCUACCGGCGGUGCUAAGAAGACCCUCGCGCAGAUUCAGAAAGAGGAGGAGGCUCGUAAGCAGCGUGCCGCUGCCGCCGCCGCCGCCGUCGCUGCUCAGAGUGCAGUUGCAGUAGCGCCCAGUCCCCCGGCUCCUUCUUCUACUGGAAAGCGGUAUGCAGAUCUGGCUAGCAAGGCUCCUGCUCCUGCUACUCCUACUACUCCCGUUACCACGGGUGCUUGGACCACCGUUGGUGCCGGCGGUAAGGCCAGAGCUCCCCCCGCCGCUCCUUCCGGACCGCGAUCGGCCACCGCAACGACUCCCUUGGCGGCCUCUCCUGUGAAGCCCAAGCCCGCUACCAUUUCCACCCCGCGUGCCGUCACUGUGAACACCGUGACCCCGGCCAACCCUAACCGCGCAGUCGAGGAGUUCACUAAAUGGGCCAAGCUGGCACUGGGCAAGGGGUUGAACAGCAACAUCAAUGUGGAUGACUUUGUUCAGCAGCUGCUAUUCCUGCCCGCCGAAGCGGAGAUCAUCUCGGACUCGGUGUAUGCUAAUUCGCAGACGCUGGAUGGCCGCCGGUUCGCCGAGGAGUUCAUCCGUCGUCGUACCUUGGCCGACAAGGGCAUCGUGGACCCCGUCGCAGCGAGUGCAUUCGCGGAGAAGAGCAGCGGUGGAUGGAGUGAGGUGGCCAAGAAGGGAUCGUCGAAUGCCCACCGUGAAGAGGACAGCAGCAAUGCCGCGUUCAAGGUUGUUGCUCCCCGUAAGAAGGGCAAGCGGUAA